AUGGAGCAAGAGCUCCGAGAGGACCUCGAAAAAGAGAAACGCCUUUCAGUGCAGUUCAGAAGAAAGGUCACAGUGGAGGGCCUUCAAAUGUUUCUCUCGGUGAUUCGCCCUAAAGCAGAGCAGGACGUACGGACCUUCCUCUGCAACCUGUCCAACAAGCUGCUCAGCUCUUUUACUGGCUCUCACACCAGCAAGCGGUCCAAACUAGCUCUGCUCACCAAGCUGCACUGCACUACCAUACCUUUAGUAACACAGAUGGUGGAUAUAGCUCUAAAAUUUCUCCUGGAUGAACCAGAGCCAGUUGUUGAGGUCAAGCCUUCACAUACUCGAGGUUCUGUCAAGAGCAGGGAUUUAAUGUUAACCUCUGAUCUCAGAAACAGGACCAGAGCCGCCAGCACUGAGAUUGGCAAACUGCUGGCUGACACAGCAGCUACUUGUUUCUGUCUGAAUACAUCUGUCACUAAAGCUCGUCUCCUGUGUAUCUGCACGUCACUGGCCCGGGACAUGGUCAAAGCCAUUUACAAAAGAUUUGUUGACCGCUCCAAAACCUUCCACCUCAUGAACUUUGAUGAAAGCUUCAUCACUGCUAGAGAGAGCGUCAUCUGUGCUGUCCAAGACAUGGAUGACAGAGUUCAGAGUGCUGCGUGCAGAUGGGCUCACCAUCAGCUUUUUACUGAGAAACACCGCAUGACUCCGGAGGUGUGCUGUGUGGUGGCUACAGAGAAGACUGAUGAAAAGGAGAACAAAGAGGGGAAGGGAGGAGUGCUGGCUUUCUUCAGUCGUAUGUGGAAAAAGAUGAUGAGUGUGUCUACUAAAGAGUGA